AUGCCUCAAAUCCUUGCAAAGUGCUCGUAUGGCAGCAUUAACCCUUCAGAGCUUGGAGUGAUUUCCGGCAUACACUACCAUCCGAUUGAGGAUAUUGUACAGCUGAAGAUCCACGCAGCGAAUAAAAUGUUUUGCGCUCAUAACUUUUUCAGGCCUUUCCCCAUGGUUAACAAGGAUUUACUGAAGAAGCAUGCCAGUCAGUAUAAGCUGACAAAAGACACCGCUGGCGAAUACCACAAGCAGUUGUUCAAACUCCAUCCUGAAAUGGCAAAAUACUAUGAUGCCGAGGACAUUGACCCAGAUAGCAUUCCAAAGGCCAUGAAGUUCGUGAUGCUUGGGCAGCAAGAACUGCAAUUUUUCUUCAGAUUACCCGAUGUUGUUGACCAGGACAGACAGUGGCGUAGCGCUCUAAGCAGUUUCAAGGAAACAUUUUCCGAUAAUAACGUGCCAUUGAAUGAGUUCAACAAAGUCACCGAUGCCUUCCUUGCUGCUAUGGAAAAGAAUGCCGGUGGGGUAACACCUGAACAGAAGAAAGAAUGGGAAGAACUACUUGCCAAGGCCUAUGCCGACAUGAAGACAUGGGGAUGGUAUUGAUUGAAUAUUGAUCGAUGAGUGCAGUAUCGCUUAAUAUUUAAGUUUUUUCGGGCAUACAACAUUGUGUAAAUAAUUCGCUAUUUUUCCAAGAAAUAAAGUUUAUUAUU